AUGGUCGAUCCUAUGAAUGGAAGAGCGAACUGUAGCAGCACCAACGGCAAUGGCGGCGUCAGCUCGGCACCGCGCUCGACCGCUAUCCGGAAGCGCGCCGUUCCCCUGGCCGUGCCUGAGGCCGUAGCGUGGCUGGACUUUCUCACGCUCGAGCUCGCGGCGACCAGCACUAGCGGCAAGACCCAGUACCACUUGACGAUGCGAUACAAACCGAGUCAUCCGAAACUCGCGCCUUGUGCGACAACAUGGACGCUCAGCCGUAGCUUUGAUGAGUACCGGGCCUUCCAUAAGCGGCUGUCAAAGCGGUUGCAGCACGGCCACUCGUGCGGCGCUGACUGCAAGUGGUUGCACAAAGUAGUGAAGCACUACUUUCCUCAAAAGUCUCUAUUCAGCAACAACUGCCCCAAAGUCGUGGCGGCCAGGCAACAGACGCUCAUACGCUUUCUUACCACAGUGCAGACUUCCCUCAUGAACCGAGGGAACCACAGCUGCCAGGUGCUUGUGUCGGAUGUAGGAGCCGAGUUCAACCGCUUCGUGGUUAAGGGCAUGAAGGACCUAAAGACUAGCGCCGCGACCAGCGACUUGUCCGAGUUCAGCGCCGCCACGCGCGACUCGUUCGACUCGCUGGACUUAGAAGAUGGCGACGAGCACUACGAAUCUGAGGACGAAGCGGCGGUGGAGGAGAGCGAGUGCGACGCUUGCCACAGCCGUCACGUCAUGUGUCGCACCCAUCGCAAUCAAGCUGCUAAGUGUAAGGCGUAA